CGCUGGGCUGACUUUACCAAGAUGGCCUCGAGGCUUCCGCGCCCCAGCCCGCGGGCAGCCAUCUUGGUAAAGGCCAGGCAGCAGGCGGCGCGAGGUGUUUCCUGGCUGCAGCCUGGGUCCACGCGGACGGGAACCCGGGCCAACACCAAAGAUGGCGAGUCGGCGCGCGCUGAGGCGCUGCGUGCAGCCGUUAGCGCCCUCGGCGGAGCAGCGACGGCGGGGCCGAGGGCGGAGGAACGCGGGCGGAGGGCGCCCCGGCACCUCCCGCGGCUCCGGGGCCGGCUGGCCCGCCGCGUUGAGGGCCUCAGCUGAGGCGACGCCACGCCGUGCGCGCCCGACCGCCUUCAGCACAAGCUCACCAAAGGACAUGGAUGAAAAUGAAAACAGCCAGUCUCCAAUGACAAGUUAUCAAUAUCCUAAAGAAACAGUAAGGAAACGCCAAAAUUCAGUACAGAAUUCAGGAGGAAAUGUGUCUUCCAGGAAAAGCUUCAAACUGGAUUAUAGACUAGAGGAAGAUGUAACUAAAUCGAAGAAAGGAAAAGAUGGGAGAUUUGUUAACCCAUGGCCAACAUGGAAAAACAUCUCUAUCCCAAAUGUUCUUAGAUGGCUGAUAAUGGAGAAAGACCACAGCAGUGUUCCAGGUUCUAAAGAGGAACUUGACAAAGAACUCCCAGUGCUUAAGCCAUAUUUUAUCAGUGACCCUGAAGAGGCUGGAGUGGGAGAGGCUGGCUUUCGAGUCACGUGGCUGGGACACGCAACGCUGAUGGUGGAAAUGGAUGAGCUCAUAUUCCUUACAGACCCCAUGUUCAGCUCCCGUGCUUCUCCCUCUCAGUACAUGGGUCCAAAGCGAUUUCGCCGUCCCCCGUGCACAAUAAGUGAACUUCCCCGAAUCGAUGCUGUCCUUAUUAGUCACAACCACUAUGACCACCUGGACUACGGCUCUGUCCUUGCUUUGAAUGAGCGAUUUGGCAGCGAGUUGAGAUGGUUUGUGCCUUUGGGUCUUCUCGACUGGAUGCAGAAAUGCGGCUGUGAGAACGUGAUUGAGCUGGACUGGUGGGAAGAGAAUUGCGUCCCUGGCCGUGAUAAGGUCACCUUUGUCUUCACACCUUCCCAACACUGGUGUAAAAGGACCCUCAUGGACGACAACAAGGUUCUGUGGGGCAGCUGGUCUGUGUUGGGGCCUUGGAAUCGAUUCUUCUUCACUGGGGAUACUGGUUACUGCCCUGCUUUUGAAGAGAUAGGAAAGAGGUUUGGUCCCUUUGACCUUGCAGCUAUUCCCAUUGGAGCUUAUGAACCAAGGUGGUUUAUGAAAUACCAGCAUGUUGACCCAGAAGAUGCUGUAAGGAUUCACAUUGAUGUUCAAACGAAGAGAUCUGUGGCAAUCCACUGGGGAACUUUUGCCUUAACUAAUGAGCAUUACUUAGAACCUCCAGUGAAACUGAAUGAAGCUCUGGAGAGAUAUGGACUUAAAAGCGAAGACUUCUUUGUCCUAAAGCAUGGAGAAUCAAGAUACUUGAAUACUGAUGAUAAAGCUUUUGAAGAAACAUGAAAAUGGAAAUUUUCUGUGAAAACAAAAGAGAAGAUUAAGAAAUUCACAAAUAUUAUGACAUUUUUCACAUGGAAACAACUUCUGCAAGUAUGUGUUUUGUUUUGCAUUGUAACUUGCCAAUCGAUAAAACUCAUUUACAUUCCUGAGAGUCCAGGAAGAGUUAUUUAAGGAACUGUCCAAUGUAGACUUAAAAAAAAUACCAAUGACACAAACCUUUUAUAUAUAUAAUCAAAACACUACAUUUUAGUGGUGGUAGAAUUUCUGUGGUUGUAAAAACUGACAUUAAAGUUUCAUUUCUUUUUCUGUUAUUCAGGGCUUUCUACAAAAGCCCUACUUAGAGUUUUCAGACAUAUACACCUUUCCUAUAUUCAUAUUAUAAUGAUGAAUGUGACUUCCACAUGCUGAGUAAAUGCUUCAGGUUUUACUGUCAGGAUGAGGUGCUGGUCAUGGUAAUACAUAUCUACAAUCCCAGCACUCCAGAGGAUGAGGCAGAUAGACUACAAGUUCAUGGUCAACCAGAGCUACAACUAAGACCCUGCCUCAGGAGGAAACAUUAGCUUACAUGCCAAAUGUUAAGUGAUUUAUUUUGUUAAGCAUAAGAACAUAAAUGUUUGGGCUAAAUUAUCAUUAAAAAUUUUUUAUUGUGGUCAGAUAUACGUUGCAUAAAAUUAUAAUUUUAAAUAUAGUGAAAAGAAGCUCCUUGGCAUUAAGAAUUCACAUUCUUCUGCAUCCUUGCACAUCUUAAGUUUCUAAGAGGGCAAUAUCCACACAGCUGCACCCCAAGUUAAAAGCUGACAGUCAGAGAAGAGAACAGUGUGGGGUUGAGACGUAGGGGAAGUUUAAAUUUCAAAGUCAGACAUUCUGCUAAGCACAACUGUAAUUACAGUGAAGUAUCUCACACACACCAAAAUGUAAAUACAUCAUGCACUUAAUUAAUUAAUUAAGUU